GCAUCAACAUACAGCAUAAACGCCAAGGUAAACACGAGUGUGUCAGUGUGUGAGUGACAGCAUAGCCAAAGAAGCGCGAAAGUAAGACGAUGGCCGAUACCGCAGCAACCGAAGUACCGACUGCAGCAGCAGCUGCCCCAGCAACCGUGGCCAAGUCGCCGAAGAAGCCCAAGGCGGCAGGCCCCAAGAAGCCGAAGCAGCCGGCGGCCCAUCCUCCGGUGAACGAGAUGGUGCUGGCCGCUGUGAAGGCACUGAACGAGCGCAACGGAUCGUCGCUGCAGGCGAUCAAGAAGUACGUGGCGGCCAACUACAAGGCCGACGUGACGAAGCUGGCCACCUUCUUCAAGAAGGCGCUGAAGAGUGGCGUCGCCAGCGGCAAGCUGGUCCAGACGAAGGGUACCGGAGCGUCGGGCUCGUUCAAGCUGUCGGCCGCCGCCAAGAAGCCCGUGGUAGAGAAGAAGAAGAAGGCAGCGGCACCGAAGAAGUCUGCGUCCGCCGGGGACAAGAAGAAGAAGACCGCGGCCAAGAAGCCGGCUGGUGAGAAGAAGGCAGCCGCCAAGAAGACCACCAAGAAGGCAGAGGGUGCCGUAGCCAAGAAGCCAAAGACGGCCGCUGCCAAGAAGCCCAAGGCCGCCGACGGUGCGAAGAAGGCCGCCAAGAAGCCAGCAGCAGCACCCAAGCAGAAGGCUAUGAAGCCAACCAAGGCCGCAGCCGCCAAGCCGAAGGCACCGAAGCCAAAGAAGGCAGCAGCUCCCGCCAAGAAGGCCGCUGCCCCGAAGAAAGCCGCCGCACCGAAGAAGGCAGCCGCCCCGAAGAAAGCCGCAGCCAAGAAGUAAAGGGCUACUACUACAUCGUGACGCUGUUCCGGGCGCUCUCUAGUCCUGCAGUUCCAUCGUUCAUGCAACAGUCCUUUUCAGGA